AAGAGAUAGGUGUGUGAUGCGAUGGGCAACACGGUGCGCAGGGGGAUCGCUCUUCUCCUGGACCAGACCCGCGUCCGAAGUGUCCAGAACUCCGCCACAGAAGACUCAAAUGACCAGGAGCUCUCAAAUCCACAAACCCCUGGACGAAGAGGUGGGACUCAGCCAGGGGUGAAGAAUGGCGAGGAACUUGUGAAACAAUUUCUUUGCCAGAGCAAUGUGGUGAUCUUCACAAUGACAUCCUGCACAAGGUCCACACAGGUGACCGACAUUCUUGCCACCAUGGGUGUCCCUCACGUCUGCGUAGAGCUUGAUAAAAGAGGAGACAAACAGGAAAUCCAGCAUGGCCUGUGGGUGCUCACCCAGCAGAGAGAGCUGCCCUUUGUCUUUGUGGAUGGGAAGUAUUUUGGAGGUGCUGAAAAGUUUGUGCAGGCACAAAGAGAUGGGACAUUGAACGAGAUCCUCAGAAGGGGACUGAGGUACGACUAUGACCUGGUGGUGAUCGGCGGGGGGUUGGGAGGGCUGGCGGCAGCCAAGGAAGCUGCUAGCUUUGGCAAGAAUGUCCUUGUCCUCAAUUUUGGAGGUACUAAAUGUGGUCUUGGGGGCACUUGUAUCAACGUGGGCUGCAUUGCAAAGAAGCUAAUGCACCAGGCUGCUCUUCUGGGGCAGGCGAUCCAGGAUUCCAGCAACUUUGGCUGGGAGUUCAACAAACAGGUGUCCCACAACUGGACGUGCAUGAUGGAAGCAGUGCAACUACACAUUAAAGCAAUGAACUGCAGCCAUCACAAGCAGCACCUGCAGGACAGCAGGGUCACCUACCUGAAUGCCCUUGGAGAGCUGGUGGCACCGCAUACUGUUAAGACAACAGAUACAAAAGGGGCAGCGAUGUGUCACUCUGCAGCCGUAUUCAUCAUUUCUACUGGAGAAAGCCCCCGAUACCUGGGGAUCCCUGGAGACAGGGAGUUCUGCAUCACCAGCGAUGACCUGUUCUCGCUGCCACACUGUCCCGGGCACACGCUUGUGGUGGGAGCAUCUUACAUGGGCCUGGAGUGUGCAGGCUUUCUGGCUGGCCUGGGCCUACCAGUCACGGUCAUGGUGCGCUCGAUCCUGCUACGUGGCUUUGAUCAGAAGAUUGCUGAGAGGAUAGAGGAACACAUGGUCAACCAGAGGAUCAGCUUCUUGCGGCCUUUCGUCCUCACUAAGGUUGAAAAGAUUCAAGAAGGCAGUCCUGGGAAACUGAGGGUGACCGCAUUGUCAAGUGAUGGAAAGGAGACAUUCGAAGGGGAGUUCAACACUGUAUUGCUAGCCAUAGGGAGGGAAGCUUGCACCAGGAACAUUGGCCUGGACCACGUAGGGGUCAAGUACAACCCAAGGACAGGAAAGGUCCUGGUGGAUGAGGAGGACCGGACCAAUGUGGGACACAUCUUUGCCAUCGGUGAUGUUCAGAAGGGCAGGUUGGACCUCACACCAGUGGCUGUCCAAGCGGGCCGGUUGCUGGCCCGUAGGCUCUAUGGGAGACAGAGGACCAAGUGUGACUACAUCAACGUUCCCACCAUGCUCUUCACCUCCAUGGAGUAUGGAGCUUGUGGUGUGUCAGAGGAGAGAGCCAGUCAAAUGUAUGGAGAGGAAAACAUUGAGGUGUACCACAGCAACUUUUGGCCACUGGAGUGGACAGUGCCUGGCAGAGACAAAUAUGCCUGCUAUGCCAAGGUCAUCUGUCACAUACCUGACAGUGAACGUGUGGUUGGGGUCCAUGUCCUGGGGCCCAAUGCUGGAGAGAUUGUUCAGGGGUUUGCCGUGGCCCUUAGGUGUGGCCUAACCAAGGAGCAGCUGGACUCCACCAUCGGUAUUCACCCUGUGUGUGCAGAGGUGUUAACUGACCUAACAGUAACCCAGCGAGCCAGUGGUGCCACGGUAGUAAAAGGAACCUGCUGAGGUUAGGCUCCCUGCUGUCAACCCAAGGAUACAACCUCUCCUGUUCCGUCACCUGUAAGUGUAAAACGGGAUGGUUGACCCUGGAAAAGUGUGGCACAGCAGGGGGCAUUGCCCUUUGUGGAAUCACAGGCAGCAGAAUGGCUCACGACCAAUCAAUGAUGUCUCAGCCUGAAGCCCGACAGACGGGUGGGCAGGGACUGAAACACUGCUGCUGUACCACUGAGACACUGAUCACUUUCUCUUCUCAUGUUUGUUUUUGUUUCCUGGAACAGAAGAUGUCACUUGUCAGAUCGUAUCUGUUAAUUAGAUUUUGCUCAUUUUUGCACAUCUUUGUGACCAUAUAGAAUGUUUUUGCUUCUUUCGACUGAACCCUGUGUAGAUGUUUUCAGUCACAGAUAUAAUUUCACAUACACUUAAUUUACUGUAAUUCAGUGUCUAUAUCUAGCAUGUUUUUCAUAGACAGAAUACUGGACAGCCAAUGCCAGUUGCAUAACCAGAGGUGAAAUGACACUUAGUGAUGAAAGUGGACAGCUGAAUAUUUGUUACACUUUGUAUACAUUUCUGUGGAGCUAAGGAAAAAACAGGUACUAUACUUCUGUACGCGGUAAAUUCUCUGCUUUGCCCAAAAUUAAGGAAAGAUGAAAGCAGCUUUUGUGCGCUCAAGGAGCUUAGAUGUUUCCCAAAUGAUAAACAAAUCUCCCUUCCUGGCAAGGCAGCAGCUCCUCCUGAAAUCCCAGGUGUGUGUUUCCCUCAUGUUUUGAGCUAACCAGGAACACUUAAAAUACCCAUUCCAGUACAUGCCCAUUUAAACCAGAGCCUCCCCCUACACUCCCUUACUAAUUAUGCUCCAGAUGGUCUCAUUUUCUUAUACAAACGGACCUGUCGCCUGCAAUGCGCCACCGUCUUCAUUAACUUGGGUUUGGGCCACUGAAGUUCGGUGAUUAAUGCCGGUUUGCAGGAGCCCCCGGGACCUGCAGUCACAUGGCUGAGCUUUAUUGUGCGAGAUAAGCUUGUCAUUCCAUCCCCAUCCCCCGCCUCCUGUGUAUGCUCUGGUUGCCCCUAAGAGGCUGAUGACACUCAGUUAGGGUGAUGUAUGCCAUUUUGCAGAGGGUUAAACCUCAAUACAUAUUUUAUGUUCUUGCCUAACCGGAGCUGUGCUUUCCCGGUUAUAAAUCUUCAUGGAAGAGCAAGAGGGUACUAUGAGGAGCAGCAGUCCUGUCUUUUUUUUGCAUCGUUUGGCAUAUAUUUCAAUAUAUAUGCACUUUCAAUAUGUUGAUUUGCAUCCGUCUGCCAAGGCUGAUUAAUUGGGCUUCUUUGUCUUGUGACCACAUAUUGAUACGUUUUUGCACACAGAUGUUUGUUUCCUCUGAUAAACUGUUCCAUAGUAGUCCAUUUAGUAAAAAACUGACACCCCGAAAACAUUACACACUUAUUUAAGGUCAGCCUGCCACAGCUAAGGAGCAAAACUAUAAUAAUGUAGACACUAUACAAAGUCUGCAGUACUGAGCAAGUUCUACAUGCCCGAUAGGACCAUGAUUUAUCUCAAAAACUUGUUCUCUGAAGAUGAGAUGAGGAUAGUGAAAAGUAAUUACUGUGUGUGUGUGUGUGUGUGUGUGUGUGUGAGAGAGAGACAGAGGGAGGAGAGGACAGCCUGCGGUCAUUCCAAAGAGGACCAAAAGCCCAAAGAAGCAGCAUGGUGGUAAUGAGUCCAGAACCUGCCUCAGUGUUAGGUUAACAGCAUCAGGCCCUGUCAGCUGCACUGUUGUGUCCCAGCGAAGGGGCCUCUGUUUAAACUGCUCUGUCAGCCUGCCAGCAACAGACCUUCCUCCUCUUCAUUAGCGAUCCUCCUGCAUUCCUGCUGAGAUGGUGAUUAAAAUCAAAUCAAAGCAAAGAUUGGGCCUUCUAAGUGGAAUCUGGGUCUCGUUUUCAGACGUGAGCUGGGCAGAGCGCGGAGUGAGGAAAAACACACAACAGGCGUACUAAGCUGGCAGUAAAGCAAGUGCGGCAACAUCUCUUAGCCUUUUCUCAUGUCCUCCUGCACCUGUCCCAGAGGUGCUCAACUAUGAAAUCUGAAGUGUCUCUUACAUUACAAAACAAAUAAGAAAUGAAGGUUUAUCCUCUGCAUAAAUGCGCUAUACAUUGAGAUGACCUUUAUCAGGAUUUCUGUAAGGCCUAGAUCUUGCAGGGUGGUAUUUAGUGAGUCGAUUGGCUCUGCAGAGAGCCAUAUAUUUAUAUAAUUCCCCUACAUUAAGUACUAUCUCUAUGAUUACUUUGUCAUCUCACAGAAUUAUGGAAAAGUGUUUUGUUGGGACUGCGAUGUUCCAACAUUUAAAUAGCCUUCUACCUGAACUUUUUGUAAUGUUGACAGUGUACCUUUAUCUGGCUGUAGGCUAGGUGUCAAAUAAGCAGGCCCUCCCCAAACAGCUCAUCAGUAUUUAUCAGUAUUUUUUAGGUGAAUUCCAGUUGCCGAAAAAGGUGUUUGCUUAUUUUAUUCCUUUUUAGAAUGCCUGUCCCUCUUGAGAUACUCCGCUUCCCAGAUACUGUUUCUGGAUGCAAUGUUAGAUGCACUCCAUGUACUCCAGAAAUAAUCAUGUAUCACCUGAUAUCUAAGUACACGUGCCCAGACACUGACCAAUCUGUAUCAAACUUGAAUCAGUUUUGCAAUUGAACUGAAUGUAUAUUUACAAUGUUUCAACAUUUUUUUUCUGUAAAGACAGUUUACACUAGCUUAAGGAUCAGUACUCAUUAAAUUUCCUCGGGUUGGUAGUGCCAAAA